AAAUUUCGGUGGCAGCCGUGUCUGGUUCUGUGGAUUGGUCGUUUGUAACCUAGCCAUGCAGAUGUGUUCCAUGUCAAUGGCAGUUGUCGUUCAUUGUUGUAACACAGGUGUUUACCUGGAUCCUAGGUCGAGUUCUCUAUUUUGUAAUUCGGGGGUGGGUGCGAGAAUACCUCGGCGACUUGAGAGUGUUAUAAACAUUCUGAGGUACGGUUGCGUUUUGACGGAAUUCCUACGUGAGGACGAUGUUCACUUGCUAGCGAGAAACGACCCAUCCACUGACCUUGCCAUUUCUUCAACCUCCGAUCUAGAGGUACUUAAGCGGAGUUGGAGUAUCUGAAAUUUUCUCGAGAGAUGAGUGGAAUCGGAGACUCCAUCCAUGAGAAUCUUGUGAGUAAGCAAUUGCUUGCUGGCGCCAUAGCUGGUGGGCUUGCCGAUGGCAUGAUGUAUCCCAUGAUGACUGUAAAAUCCCGACUCCAGGUGCAAGGAGGAAGCAGGGGCGCAACGGCGGAAUUGUACAUGUACAGAGGACCUGUACAAGCAAUCCAGUCUAUCGUCGCCAAGGAAGGAUGGAGAACCUUUUACAAGGGCUAUGGCACAGUUGCGCAAGUAGCCCCUGCACAGGCCUUGUAUAUGGCGACUUACCAGGCAAUCAAAAGGUAUCUUCCGGGAGGACAUGACGACCCACUGAUCCAGUUAGGAGGCGGAAUUCUGGCCUCUUUGUUACAGUCAACAGUGACGGUACCCGUGGAGGUCAUCCGACAAAGACAGAUGGUUCAAACCGUUGGUGCAGGGUCCUACAAGGGUUCGCUCCACACAGCCAAAACCAUAUUUCAGCAUGAAGGAAUUAGUGCAUUCUACAGAGGUUUUCUCUUGAAUCAGAUGGUUUGGGUUCCGUUCAACGCCGUUUACUUGCCACUUUGGGAAACCAGCAAGCGCAUGUGCUCACGGCUCUCAGGAGUCGAUGCUGUAGAGAAGCUCGACGUUCAAUAUGAACUUGGCAGUGCGUUCUUUUGCUCUGCUUUUGCUGCUGCUCUGACAAAUCCCAUGGAUGUGAUAAAGACAAGAUUGCAAGUACAGGGAAAGAGCAACGUACAUUGCAGUACUGAGUAUUCUGGAGGCUGGGAUGCUGCCAAAACCAUUUACAAGCAGGAAGGAUUGGCCGGGCUCACUCGAGGCAUGACAACGCGCAUGCUGUGGGUUGCACCGUCGGCCAUGAUCAUGUUCACAACGUAUGACCAGCUCAUGAAGUGGCUCGUCCAUUAUGAGUGAUGUUCUGAUACUUCUCAUCACUCAUAAUGAGUAGAGCCGCUUCACAUACUAUCAGUUUCUAACAACAAAGCGUCUGGCAACUACUGAUCUGAGUGAAGUAUUUCAUUGGAUUUUUUUUUACUCUGAUGUGUAUACAAACACAGAACACUACAAUAGAGCUAGUCAGCUUAGAGCUUCUGCUGAGGGUCACCCGACAUCAUUCUCAUCAGGGUGAGCAUCAUAUGUGUCUUCAACCACAAUUUUCAUGGUUCUAACUUACUUUGCUCUAGCCACAGAUUUCUAGUCUGCAGUAUAUGGAAACAUCAAUCUGGGUCAGAAUGCGAGUGAAUUGAGUUUCCAAAUCACAUUUUUUUUCUAAUCGCCUUUUUUAAUCAGCAGGUUUUUAGAUUGCACAUAGCAAUGUGUUAGAAGCUACAUUCUUAUCAUGUGUUAAAUGUGUUUCAAAACUGUACUUACAAUGAAGCUUAUGUAAAUGUUGCUUUAAAUAGUUAUGAGGACAAAUAUUCAUAAAAGGUUAAA